AACCUUUACAGCUGAAGGGAGUGGCGGAGUUCACUUCCACUUCCACAAUUCUGCAUUCUACACAUCUCCCAUUUUUUCUCAAACAAUUUUUAGCUUUUGGGGUUUCGGUGUUUUGUUCUAAAGUUUCAGACUUUGUUAAAAUCCCAUUGCAGUUUGAACUCUGUAACUAUAUAUGCACUAGCAUAUUUUUUGUUCUUUUCAUUUUUUGAUUAAAUUUGUUUAUAUAUAUAUAUAUAUAUAUAUAUUUUCCUUUUUCUCGUUUUUUGGCAUCUAAAUGCCGUUUUAAGAGGUGGGGAAAGCCAAGUGCUUGUGGAAAUUCGACAACUUUUGGAAAUUUCUCGAUUGAUUGCGCUUUGUUGUGUCGAUUGGAUCAUUGGGGUGGCUUUAAAAUCUAAGGGGUUGAAAAUGAUGCUGCAUUUUGUACAGCCGUCAAAGCUGAAAACCAAGAAGAUAGUGUUUGAGGAUGUAUAUGCUGCUUGUGAUUCUGCAACACUUGAGCAUCUUAAGGAACUAAGCUCAAAGCGUAAAGCGAUUGAAGAUUCUAUUAAUGAGAGCAGCUUCAUUACAGAAGCUAUUGCAAAAGAAAUGUCUGGAGGGUUGGAAUCUCGCUAUGAACAGGAUGUUCACAAAAUAGAGCAGUAUCUGCCAUUACUGGAAAAUUUGUUUCCCUAUGCUGAUGUAACAAACACCAAUUACCGAAUGGCUCAAUGUACUGCAGCUCUUAAGAUACGCUGGAGUAGUGCCCUGAGCACAUCUUCUUUCUUCAAUUUCAAGGGCCCCAAGUUUUUCCAAAUUGACAAUUUGCGAUUUGAGCUUGGUAUGACCCUUUUUCUUUGUGGUGGAAUCCUGCGAGAGAGGGCUUUAGAAGUUUUAUCAACUGAUUUGGUUCAAUCUGCCACCAUUUUCAGACAAGCUUCUGGCAUUUAUCAACACCUGGCACAAGAUGUUCUUCCCCCCUUACAGCCUGCAUUGCCUCUAGAAAAGCCACCUGAAGCUCUGGCUGCAGUAUCCACCAUUAUGAGCCUCAUUUGCUUGGCAGAGGCCCAGGCAGUAACCAUAAGGAAGGCUGAAGAGAAAGGUACUUCUUCAAGUCUUCUGGCAAAGUUGCAUCAUGGUGUUACACUUUUUCUUGAAGAAGCUAUUGGAAUUUUUCAUACAGUUGUCACACAGUGCAAAGACAUUUCAUCACGCUUAUUGGAAUUCAUGUAUUUCUGCAAGUGUUUACAUGAGUUGAAAGGUCAGCAAUACCAUGCAGAAAGCUUGAAAGCAUGUGGUCAAAUAGGGGCUGCUAUUGGAGUUCUUUGUUCUGUGUUGAGUAAUGUAAAAAAGAAGAUACCAGGAGAAGAACCUUGGAAAUCUAUUUACCAAAAGCAAAUUGAAGAUGCUUCUGAAGUGCUCAGAAAGUUUGUACAUGAGAAUGAUUUUGUUUGGCAUGAGAAGAUCCCUUCAGGAGAUGAGUUACCCUUGCCAGAGGGUAAUAAAAUAGUCACUUUUAAACCUUAUAGUCCCAAAAGAUGGGAAACACCACUUGCUUUCAAGAGAAAAAUGUAGAAGAAAAAGCAAAUUGUUUCCUCCACUUUUUCUUACACCUCUGGAGAAGACAAAGGGGAGCUAGAAAGCAAAGUUCUUUUCCAAUGAGUGUAAAGAUAGGUGUAGAAAAAUGUGAUGUGAAAAAUAAUUAGACGUGGAAAGAAAUUAUGUUAAGGAAA